AUGGCUCAUCUCUCAAUCGGCACUAUUGGCCCCUUCCAACCCAGCACGGAGGAUUGGAAAGCGUAUACAGAGCGACUUGUCUUUUUUGUCGCUAACCGCAUUGAUGACGCAGACAUACGUCGUGCAACACUUCUCACCGUGUGCGGACCGUCAAUGUAUGGACUCGUCCGUGAUCUCCUUGCUCCCGCAGCUCCUACCGAACAUCUCCUUGUUGUCGCUGGCAAGGGACCCUCCUUGCUUGGACGAGACUGGCUGGAGAACCUAAGACUGGAUUGGCACAGCAUUAAAUACUCAACGACCAUGGCCGACGAUCUCCAGGAGAUCUUGGACAAGCAUUCCACAGUGUUUGGGAAAGACCUCGGGCACAUCAAGGAUGCUCCUGCCACUAUUCAUAUUGAUCCAGCGCACAAACCUCGAUUUUGCAAGGCCCGUCCUGUUCCCUACUCUCGCCGCUCGAAGGUGGAGAAAGAAAUCUCACAUCUCGAAGAACAAGGCGUUAUUGAACCGGUGCAGUUCUCCGAUUGGGCAGCUCCUGUCGUACCGGUGGUCAAGAAGGAUGGCUCUAUCCGACUGUGCGGUGACUACAAGGUUACUGUCAACACUGUGGCUAAACCUGACACUUACCCUCUACCUCGCAUUGAGGACAUCUUUGCCUCUCUGGCGAAUGGUAAAUCAUUUACUAAGUUAGACCUUGCACACGCCUACCAACAGAUCUCACUGACGGAGGAAUCCAAGGUCCUGACGACUGUCAACACUCACAAGGGUCUCUUUCGGUACAACCGUCUACCGUUUGGGGUCUCAGCUGCUCCAUCGAUAUUCCAACGAACCAUGGAGAGCCUCAUGCAGGGUCUACCUCACGUAGUGGUGUAUAUUGACGACAUCCUCGUGACAGGAUCCACUGGAGAAGAGCACCUCCGCACUCUAGAAGAAGUCCUAGACAGACUUGAGAAGGCCGGAGCUCGCCUGAAACGUGAGAAAUGCAGAUUCAUGCUUCCCAUGGUGGAGUACCUAGGUCACCGGAUCUCUGCUGACGGUCUCCAGCCCACGGACGCAAAAAUCUAGGCAUUGAAACAAGCACCCAUUCCCCGGAAUGUUACUCAGCUGAAGGCAUUUCUAGGCCUCCUGAAUUAAUCUCUCUACUCUGCUCGCCCCCCUUCACAGGUUACUACGAAAGGCUACUGCCUGGAUUUGGGGCCCUGAUCAGCAGAAGGCGUUCGACCAAGCCAAGCAAACGUUGACGUCAGACAGAGUCUUAGCACACUAUGACCCAUCUCUACCUCUCAUCUUGGCAUGUGAUGCCUCGCCGUAUGGAGUUGGAGCUGUGCUCUCUCAUCGUUUCCCGGACGGCACCGAGAAACCUGUGGCCUUCAUAUCCCGCUCACUUGGUCCGGCUGAAAAGAAAUACUCCCAGCUGGACAAAGAGGGGUUAGCUAUUAUUUUUGGUGUUAAACGUCUCCACCAAUAUCUGGUUGGCAGACAGUUUACCAUUUUGUCUGACCACAAGCCCCUGCAGCACCUAUUCAAAGAGAACGCAGUCCUGGCCUCAGCUCGACUUCAACGAUGGGCACUCAUCCUAGGCGCGUACAGCUACACGAUCGAGUACAAGCCAGGACCAGACCAUGCCAAUGCUGAUGUCUUCAGUCGUCUCCCCCUCCCAGAAUGUGCUACCGAAGUACCGACCCCUGGAGAGAAUAUCCUGGCUAUCAGCAUGCUGGAAUCCCUACCAGUCACGGCAAAAGAAAUCACAUCCUGGACAGAGAAGGAUCCGGUCCUCUCUCGAGUUCGCCGUAUGCUUGCUUCUGGCUGGAGAGACAACACCGACGCAGAACUCAAACCCUACCAGCAACGGCACACUCAACUUAGCCUCCACGAUGGCUGUGUCAUGUGGGGAAGUCGCGUGGUUAUCCCACCUCCAGGAAGGGAGAGAAUUCUCGAGGAACUUCAUGAAGGACACCCGGGCAUCUCGAAAAUGAAGAAUCUCGCCCGAUGUUUUGUAUGGUGGCCCGGAAUGGACAAAGCACUCGAAGAGAAAGUCAAGCUGUGUGACGCCUGCCAGCGAACCAGGAAACUCCCUCCAGUGGCACCGAUUCAACCCUGGGAAUGGCCAGAACGCCCCUGGGCUAGGCUGCACAUCGACUACGCUGGCCCUCUUCUCGGACACAUGUUCUUGGUCGUAGUAGACGCCCACUCGAAGUGGAUGGAGGUGAAAGCUGUACGGCACGCUACCACGGCUCAGGUCGAUCUUCGCGACUCACGACAUACCUGAAUUGCUCGUGUCAGACAACAGAUCAGUAUUCACCAGUGCUGAAUUCAAGGACUUUGUAAAAACACAAGGAAUUCGACACACUACCUCAGCACCAUACCACCCCACAACAAAUGGAUUGGCAGAACGAGCCGUCCAAACCUUCAAGGCUUACAUGAAGAAAGCCCCUGAUGCCCCACUCAGAGACAACCUAUCCCAGUUUCUGUUUCAGUACAGAAUGACGCCGCACUCCACAACAGGCAUCUCCCCAUCUGAGCUACUACUGAAUCGCCGACCUCGCUCUAAGCUUGACCUAGCUAUCCCGAACCUGACUCAAAAAGUUCGCGCAAAACAGCUGAAGCAAAAGAUUGGUCAUGAUCAGCAUGCUGUGGCUCGGAAGUUCGAUGUUGGAGACAAUGUCUAUGUUUGUGAUCUGCCCUCCAAGAAGGACUGGGUUCCCGGCACAAUUGAAAGUACAGCUGGCCCUCUGUCUUUCAACGUUACCCUGAUGACUGGUCAGACGUUUCAUCGACACGCAGAUCCCCGCUCUACAGUCGAACAACAACCCCUGACUGAUUGGACCGAUAUACCGGAACUAGAUCAUGAUACCGAAACACCCGACUUGAACUCUGAACAAUCACCACCACCACCAACUGGCUCGACACUAGCAACUCCAAGUGUUCGUCGGUCAGCUCGAGCGACAACCGCUCCAGACUACCUUGUGGACCAUUACUAGUUUGUAGUGAGUUAUUUUAUAUGUUGAUGUAACGCUUCCAUCUAGUAGGGGAGGAAGUGUAGUAAUGUGCAUAUUGUUUACUUUUAGUUGUGUUAAUUAACUCAUGUCCUGUGGUUAACUUUACUUCCUGUAUUGUACUUUUCUGUUAUUGUGGUUUCUGUUCGUUAGUAGGUUCUUUCUGUAUAGUUGUUCUUUGUUCCCUUUGUGCCUAGCUAUAGGGGCCCGCUCCAGGCGGCUCUUUGUGUAUGGGAGCCUCUGCUCCACUGCCUUUUGUCUUGUACAUACUUAUACCUUUGUUCUUGUGCAUUUUAUCAGUUGUUGAAUACGA